GUGGAGGCAGUGAAUACUGCUGCUGGUGCUCUUAGCAACGGUGCCACGGCAACGGCGCACCACGACAACGGAGUGCUGUGUCUCCCCUUAUGGAGCUUCCAUUGGGCGGGCCGGCGCUGAGGCACUACACCCGCAGCAGACCUAGACCACACCGACAAAACCAACACCUCCGCCCCAGCAGACCACAGGAAUCGGUGGUUGACAAUGAAAAUGGAGUCCCUGAUCACAUGGGGCGAGUUGAUGAGGGAGUUGAGGAGUUCUUUACUAAGCGAGUCCUUCCUGUCGACACCGUGAAAACACUGAAUGAGUCUGAGGAACCUCCCAUUACUGAACAGGAAGUGGAAGUAGCGCCUGCUAGCGCCGCCCCUUGCCCCGCCCCUUCCAGAACCCUACGGAGGAAGCUGGGCGAGUUCUUCACCCUUAAAAAGCGGAGGGCUGUGAAAUCAGAGGGAAGCCAAGAGGGGAAGGCCAAGAAGACCUCCAUCGCCGACCUAAUUCGGCCUCUAAGGGAGGCCACCAGAGCUGAAAAAGCUCAAGUGAAGGAGAAUGAAAAAGUGAAAGAGAAGGAGAGUGUGGAUGUCAGCAUUGUGACAGGAGAUCCAGUGGAAGCAGAAACCCCUCCUGAUGGUCCCACUCCACUGAGGGGUGAGGCUCUACCCCGUCGUGGGCUAAGAGAGGGGAAGUCACAGUCUCUCAUUCUGCUCUCCGGAUCCGCAGCCAAUGCUGGGAACACCAAGAACACUGCACAAGGGAAGUUUCAGAAACACUCGUCUGACAGCCAUCAUGGCUUUGAGCAGCGCCUCCAGCUCAUGCUACAAUGUAUUGGUGUGUCCAAAGCUCAGCCAGGAGAGACACAGAGUCAGGAGGGAGAGAUGAAAAAAGCUGAAUCAGAGGGCACUAUCAUCGAUAAUAAACCUGAGCCCCCACCCACAUUUAUGAAGCCCCGGACCAUGUCCACCUCAUCAGAUACGAGACGAGCGGUCCGACAGAGUGUGUCCGCACAUGAGUCAGCUGGGAAACCUGCUCUGCCUCCUAAGCCAAUAAUUAAGCGAGGCCCAACCCCACCUCCCACUAUCUCCGGUCAUCUCACCCCUGAGAAUGACCUAGCCCAAAUACAGGAAGGAGAAGCGGGUUCCCCCACAGACCCCACCCCUAGUAUCACUGAUACCCCUACCAGUUCUAAACCUAUCCCCACUGACACCACUAUUCCCAUCACUGUCCCAGAUCCCACUAACUCUUCUAUUCUCACUGACACCAUCAUUCCCUCCCCUGUCCCAGAUCCCACUAACUCUUCUAUUCUCACUGACACCAUCCUUCUCUCCCCUGUCCCAGAUCCCACUAACUCUUCUAUUCUCACUGACACCAUCCUUCUCUCCCCUGUCCCAGAUCCCACUAACUCUUCUAUUCUCACUGACACCAUCCUUCCCUCCCCUGUCCCAGAUCCCACUAACUCUUCUAUUCUCACUGACACCAUCCUUCCCUCCCCUGUCCCAGAUCCCACUAACUCUUCUAUUCUCACUGACACCAUCAUUCCCUCCCCUGUCCCAGAUCCCACUAACUCUUCUAUUCUCACUGACACCAUCCUUCCCUCCCCUGUCCCAGAUCCCACUAACUCUUCUAUUCUCACUGACACCAUCAUUCCCUCCCCUGUCCCAGAUCCCACUAACUCUUCUAUUCUCACUGACACCAUCAUUCCCUUCCCUGUCCCAGAUCCCACUAACUCUUCUAUUCUCACUGACACCAUCCUUCCCUCCCCUGUCCCAGAUCCCACUAACUCUUCUAUUCUCACUGACACCAUCCUUCCCUCCCCUGUCCCAGAUCCCACUAACUCUUCUAUUCUCACUGACACCAUCCUUCCCUCCCCUGUCCCAGAUCCCACUAACUCUUCCAUCCCCGUUUUGACUUCCGCUACUUCCUCUAAUUCAACCCCCAAUGACAUCAUCCCCUCUACAAUGUCUGCACCUACCCCUAUCAAUACUACAGCCCCCACCCCUAACACCACCACCUUCAUCCCCAGUACUAACCCUGCCACAACCACUACCAUUACCUCCAUCACAACUACAUCUGGCCCUAUGAAUAUUACAACUUCCACCCCCCCCACUGACAUGAACUUUGGCUCUAUCCUCACUAUUACCCCCACCCCAACUCCCCCUGCCUCCACUGACUCCACCACCCCAACCACCUCUGCGUCGUCCAUCCCUAAUCUAGCCACAAUCACCAUUACAAGCAUUACUGCCCCAACAACUGUUAACACUAAUACUGAUACCCAUACAUCAACAACCCCCACCACUAAUGCUUCUACCGCUACCCUUACUGAUACUGCUGCCUCAACUUCUACUGACUCGACAACUACAACACUAAAUACUCCCAUCUCCAUAAUUGCUUCUGCUGGCAACAACACUUCUACUCCCACCCCCACUACCACUCUGUGUCCCACCCCCACUAACUCUCUGUGUCCCACUACCUCUCUGUGUCCCACCCCCACUACCCUAAUUACUAAUUCAGUUACCCCACCUCCAUCUCCUGCUGCUACUAUAACAACCUCGACCCUUAAUUCUAUGAAUGGUGCUUCCACUCCUACCCAUAUCUCCAUAAACUCCACUGACUCCAACGCUACCCAAACCGGAACUCACAAUACCAGCGCAACUAACUCUGUCAACUUCACUUCUACCUCAGGCCCCACUAACUCUACCAGUCCUAUCCCUACUUGCUCUACCAGCUCAACUUCCACUAACUGUGCUGCUCACACUGCUACUAUCCCUAGCAGUCCAAUUCCCAUUCUCUCUACUAAUCACUCCCCCACUGUCACUUCUAUCCCCACUGCCACUCACUCAACUAACUCCACCAAUAUUUCCUCCCCCACAUUCUCUUCUACUCACACCACUACUCACACUACUAGUCCCAUCCCAACUAACUCUACUAGCCUGACCACUACCCCCACCCCUAUUAACUCUAGCCCCGUCACCACUAUCUCUACAAGCCGUUCUAAUAUCACCACUGCCACUAACACUUCUGUCCUCAUCAGUAGCCCCAACCCCACUAACUCUACUACCAACACCCCUACUAACCCUUCAAAUCCCACCAACACCACUAAACCUACUAACUCUACUACACACACCACUAUCUCAAUCCCCACUAAUUAUGUUACUCAUAGUCCCACUAACUCUUCCACUCAUAGCCCCACUAACUCUUCCAGUCCAACCCCCACUAACUCUGCUAGCCCUACACCAACUAAUACUAUUCAACCAUCACCUGAGGAGAGAAUUAGCCUUAAUCCUGCAAUGGGACUGCUGUCCAUGACUAAGGGUACAAAUGACCUGAAUGCUGAGAGGGUAGAGAGGAACAAGGAGACAGAAGAGAAACGUAGCAAGGAAGAAGAUGUCAGGAGGGCCACAGAGAAAGAAAAAGAACAGAAAUCAUUGGCGCACAACAUAUGCAAAACCAUAAAAGAGGAGAAGGAGGAGGGUCUGCAGAAGGUGGAUGAGAUCAUGAGGCAGGGAGUAGAAGGGACCAAAUCAAAUGAAGAAAGAGAGUUGUGUAAAAAGGAUGGGGAUAAAAAGAGGGAAGGAGGGACCAAUGUGUCAGAUGAAAAAGAGUUCAAAACUAAGGGGGUGGUAGAGAGCAAGUCAAACAAGGGACCAACUACUGUGAUAGAGGCAGGGGAGACCACAGUAAAAUAAACGGGGGGACAGUCCAUGGGACUGAGUACAGGGACCACAUCACAGCAGAAAACCGCAGAGGGUGGAACAUCGGACCAAAGAACUGAGACCCCUUCUGUGUGACACAAAUGGACUGACCCAGCAACGUGUCCGUUUUUCUCGACCAUGUUUACAUUUGCAUUGCACGUAUUGUAUGAUUAUGUAAUAAUACAUCAACUGUGGUGAAAUAUGUUUACAAUAGAUGGAUUUGAGACAAAUAGUUACUUAUGAUAAUUAAACGGAAUAUUCAUGAUGUCUUUA